AUGCGGAGAGACAUAGCCGCAGACGUGUGCAGUGUGCACUCCCAAGCGGACGAAGAUGAGGAGCUCGAGAGUCGGGACUCUCGUCAAGCUCGGGCAGGGUCCCAGGUCCACCAAUACCAGCAGGAACUACUUCAGAUACCACCUGAUCAGCAUUAUGUCCAAGCUAAGAAUCUCAAGAGCCUGGUGGAAUCGGCAAGCAUUGCCCUAAGUGGGGCUAGCAAACGUGACAAGGAGAUCCUCCAAGCCAUGGGACAGAGCUUAUUUCGUUAUUUUCAUCUCACUGGCAACUCUGAUUUCUUCGCUCGUUUCGUAACAGACGAUGUUAACAGAGAUCUUCUCUGCCUUUAUCAAGCUGUCCAAUGCCGGCGCCAUGCAAAUGAGUUACUCCAGGUGCUUGGCGAAGAUGAGGGGACACAGGAGCAGAACGAUGGGGAUGACAGAGAUGACAGAAUGAGCAAGGGCAAGAACAAGGGCAAGGGCAAGGCUAAGGAUGGCAAUGAAGGCAAAGAGAGAGGGGAAGAGAGAGAUAGGGAGAGAGGUGGAAGGAGAGAGAGGGGGGGAAGGGGAGAGGGAAAAAUGGAGGGAGGGAUAGAAAUGGAGGGAGGGAUAGAAAUGGAGGGAGGGAUAGAAGAACACGAGGAGGAGGAGGAUGAGCUCAGGGAUGACGAGGAAGAAAGAGAGGAACACGAGGAAGAGGACAAGCUCAAGGAUGAUGAGGGAGAUCAACUUGCUAACAGAGAGGGAGAAGAGCAUGAUCAAGAACAGAAAGAGCUUGAGGAUGAUGGGAAUACAGCAAACACCACGUUCAGUGGCACACCAGCUUUGCAAGGACGCCAUAAAGUGCGGGAUGCGGAUCAGCGGUUGUUAGCAUUUGCACAGCGGUGCUCUGAUGACAUCAUCACCCGUGGCCCCGACAGAUGCGCGAACUGCUCAUUUAAGGAGACAUGUGUCUUCCACAAGGGCGACGAACAAUGCAUCCAAUGCUUUACCAGUAAGCACGGUUGCCCGGGAAGGGGGACCGCCGGCACCUCGUCUCGGAAAAGAAAACGAAGCAACGAAAGUUCAGAGAUGCAAAGCGACACUCGCGCAAAAACUGACCAUACAUCAGAUCCUCUCACUCCUUCCACUAUAGCUGCGGCAGAUCUCAGGAGGUGCACCCACAAUGACAGCUUCCGCUGCCCCGCUCGCACGCAAGCCAGAAGCCUGCGCGGAUCUCGAUGA